AUGAUAUUACCUAUCGACUAUGGUAUUGUUACUAACGAAGCAGUAAGCAAAUACGGUUCUCAAGGAGAUCCUUUUCUAUUCAGUAACCUUAAAGUCCUCAGCUUACAACUGAAGUUCAUCUUUGGACUUUUGACGGUGAUCCGAAAUGCCUCUAGUGUUCUGCGUGCUAUGAUCUCGGACUCAAACGAUAGUAGAGUAACCUCUACCUCACCUCGAAGUUUUGAUGAGUUAAUCUGCGGUCUGCUUCGAGCGGCGUGA